GUCCAGUUCACCACGCGAGACGUGCCGUGUAUAACGCGUACCGCACCCCCGUACGUCAUCGUCCUUCGAUCGCGAUCUAUUAUAAACAUAAUAUUAUACACACGCAUGUACGUUAUAUUCGUAAUAAUAAUAUAAGUUCGCUCGGUGAGUGCGAAGAUAACGAUGCGGUUAAACGCCACGCGAUCAGGACCUUCGAGGCCAGUGUGAUUGGACGUGGUCGUUACAAAAUUAAUAAUAAUUUUUUUUAACCGGGUUUCUUUUUUUUCUUAACUUGAGUUAAUAAGAAUUCGUGGACAUGAAGGUGUCCGGUGUCUUGUGUUUGUUGAUAAUGGCCCUGGACCCCGGGGUCCGGGGUGACGAUCUGAAUGAUCUGGCUGACAACGCUAGAUGCCCUUGGCUGUGUUCCUGCGAUCAGACUACAGCCGAUUGUUCCAAGAAAGGUCUAGACGAAGUGCCUAAGAAUUUACCCUCCGAUAUUGAAAGACUAGACCUGCAGGGAAACAACAUUACGGUCAUAUCGUCUACCGACUUUGCCAACCUGACUAAUUUACGAGUAUUGCAAUUGUCGGACAAUCAAAUUCAUACGAUUGAGAAAGGAUCUUUCAAGCAUCUCGGUCGAUUGGAACGAUUACGAUUAAACGGCAACGAGCUCGCCGAAGUACCCGAUUUGGUGUUCCACAACAACCCACAGCUUUCUAGACUUGAUCUGAGCCAUAAUCGUUUGCUGUUUGUUGGGAAGAACAUGUUGAAGGGUGCUCAAGCUUUAAGAACUUUGCUAAUGGACAACAACCGUCUCCUGUGCAUUGACGAGCAUGCCAUCAAAGGACUCAAAGACCUGGAAAUACUAACUCUUAACAACAACAACCUAACCACGCUCCCGUCAGGACUGUUUUCCGACCUUUACCGCCUGAGAAACAUUCGAUUGUCCGAAAACAAGUUCAUCUGUGACUGUAAGCUCGAAUGGCUGUACCAGCAAUGGUUACCAAGGAUUCCUAGACUAGGAUCAUCAACUCAGUGCUACGGGCCAUCAAACAUGGCUGGUCUGCCACUAUCCGAUAUGCAUAAACACCACAUGCAGUGCGCAGACGGCGAUUUCGACGGAGAGACAGUGGAAUGUGGUCCUGGCGUCGAAGACCAAAAGUCCUCGUGCCCGCAUCCGUGUACGUGUGAAGAGGGGGGUAUCGUGAAUUGCAGGGAGAAGUCGUUGACCAAGGUGCCAACAAAAUUGCCGGAGGACAUCGUAGAACUGAGACUAGAACAAAAUCAAAUCACCGAAAUCCUGCCCAAAGCGUUCGUUAAAUACAAACGUCUGCGAAGAAUUGACCUCAGCAAAAACCAGAUAACAAAAAUAUCAGUGGACGCCUUUCAGGGUCUGAAGUCGUUAACAUCUCUAAUGCUGUACGGCAACAAAAUAAAAGACUUGCCUGGUGGCGUGUUCCAUGGCCUCACUUCGUUGCAACUGUUGCUUUUGAACGCAAACGAAAUAUCGUGUAUACGAAGAGACGCUUUCAGAGAUUUACACAGCGUCAAUUUGCUCUCACUGUAUGAUAACAACAUAAAGUCAUUGGCAAAUGGAACAUUCGACUACAUGAGGAGUAUCCAAACUCUUCAUUUGGGCAGAAAUCCAUUUAGCUGUGACUGCAACUUGCGUUGGUUAUCAGAAUAUUUGCAUAAAAAUCCAAUAGAAACAUCCGCCGCUCGGUGUGAGUCGCCGAAAAAGUUACAAAAACGAAGAAUAGAUGGCUUGAGCAACGACAAAUUCAAGUGUCUAGAUGACAUGAAAUCUAAAGCCACCGAUUGUUUCUCGGAUACCCCGUGCCCAUCGAACUGUUCCUGUGACGGUACGGUUGUCGAUUGUUCCGGAAGAUCGUUAACUGAAAUACCAAAAGACAUACCAAUUUACACCACCGAAUUACUUAUGAAUGACAACGAAAUCGCAAAAAUCAAGUCUGAUGGUUUGUUUGGUCGGUUGCCUCAUUUACAAAAAUUAGAAAUGAAAAGAAAUAUCAUUAGUAGCGUUGAAGCAAACGCUUUUGAAGGUGCCAUCAAAUUAUAUGAAUUAAACUUAUCUGAAAACAAGAUUCGACAAGUACACAACAAAAUGUUCAUUGGUCUUCAUAAUUUAAAAAUUUUAACUUUGCUAAACAACGAGAUAACAUGCGUUAUGCCUGGAUCUUUCGAUUAUCUACCUGCCCUCCGCACUUUAAACUUACAAAUGAACCCUUUCAAUUGCAAUUGUCAUCUGGCUUGGUUUGCCGAAUGGCUGAAAAAACAUGGACUAAUUGCCGGAAGUCCUCGAUGCGCCGGGCCCGCUCGAGUAAUGGACGUCCCUAUUCACGAUUUACCUUCAUACGAAUUCAAAUGCUCUGGUGACAACGAUCAGGGUUGUCUUGGCGACAACUAUUGUCCUCCCAAGUGCACAUGUAUUGGAACCGUAGUCCGCUGUACGAGGGCGAAGUUAGUCGAAAUACCAAAAAAUAUUCCCGUUGAGACCUCGGAGUUGUACUUGGACGUAAAUGAAAUUACUUCAAUUAAAGUAGAUAGACUGAAUCAUCUCAAAUCGCUAACUAGAUUGGAUUUAAGUAAUAACCAUUUGACAGUUUUAUCAAACAACACGUUUUCACAGUUAUCCAAACUAUCUACUCUACUAUUAGGAUACAAUAAGUUACAAUGUCUGGAAAAAAAUUCACUAGCUGGCCUUAAAUCACUGAGAAUCAUUUCGUUACAUGGAAAUAAUAUUUCAUUGAUUCCGGACGGCACAUUUUCCGGCCUAGACUCGAUUACUCAUUUAGGUAUCGGCUCCAAUCCGCUGUAUUGCGAUUGCAGUCUACAGUGGCUAGCGGAAUGGAUAAAAAAAGAUUUCAUCGAGUCAGGUAUAGCCAGAUGUGCAGAACCUAGUUCCAUGAAAGACAAACUUCUCCUGUCCACACCAGUUUCGAGUUUUGUUUGUAAAGAACCGAUUGGCAAAGACAUCCUGUCCAAGUGUAACACUUGUUUCACCAACCCUUGUUCGAACGAAGGCUUUUGCGAGCCUUUACCCGAAAGACAGUACAAGUGCAGAUGCAACCCCGGAUAUCACGGUAAACAUUGCGAAAACAUGAUUGACGCAUGUUACGGUAAUCCGUGCAGAAACUCGGGAACUUGCAAACUGCUCGAAGAAGGCAGAUUCAGUUGUCAAUGCGCAUCUGGUUUUACCGGAGACCGUUGUGAAACAAAUAUCGACGACUGUUUGACCAACAAAUGCGAAAACAAUUCUACUUGCGUUGACUUGAUUCAAGCGUACGAGUGUCGUUGUCUACCAGGAUACACAGGUGAUUAUUGUCAAACAAAAAUACAAUUCUGUUCCAAAGAUUUCAAUCCGUGUCACAACGGAGCCAAAUGCGUUGAUCACAUUACACAUUACGCUUGCGAAUGUCCACUCGGAUUUUCGGGUGACAAUUGCACAAUAAACAAUGACGACUGCCAAAACCACAUGUGCCAGAACGGCGGUCUAUGCGUAGACGGCAUUAACGACUAUACAUGUAAAUGUGUUGGAGAAUACACCGGUAAGUUCUGCGACAUUUCGCCGAGUGUCGCACUCAUGUACCCUCAGACUUCACCCUGUCAACAUCACGAAUGCAAAAAUGGAAUAUGUUAUCAACCGAACGGUUCUACGAACGACUACUUAUGUAAAUGUGCUCCAGGAUACUCAGGCAAACGGUGCGAGUAUCUGACCAGCUUAAGUUUUGUACAUAACACUUCGUUCGUCGAAUUAGAACCUUUGAGGACCAAACCCGAGGCCAACGUGACUGUUGUGUUUACGACAACACAAGAAAAUGGAAUUUUGUUGUAUGACGGCCAUUCCGAACACUUGGCCGUUGAAUUAUUCAACGGGCGUAUUAGAGUCAGUUACGACGUGGGAAAUUAUCCCGUUUCGACCAUGUACAGUUUUGAAAUGGUCGCGGACGGCAAGCAACACAUGGUCGAGCUCUUGUCGAUCAGAAAAAAUUUCACACUUAGAGUCGACGGAGGCGUGGCCAGAUCGAUAAUCAACGAGGGAUCCAGAGAUUACUUGAGACUCACCUCGCCUUUGUACAUAGGUGGAACACCUCCAGAUCCCGGUGCCGAAGCCUUUAAUCAUUUUCAUUUAAGAAAUCUGACCAGUUUCAACGGUUGCAUGAAAGAGCUUUGGGUGAACCACAAACUAGUAGACUUUAUGAACGCAGCACGUCAACAAAAAGUGACGCCCGGCUGUUCGCUGCUCCAGGACGAAGAACAGAUGGUCGAAGAAGAGGGCGUGAAGUCGACGGGUAUUGCCGAACAAGAGCAGAGCUCGACCAUGGUCGACGAGGAACAGAUGGAACCACAAGAAGGUCCGAUCGAAGAAGACGAGGACGACGAGGACGACGAAGACGAGGAAGAAGACGAAGACCCUUGCUUCAACAACCAGUGCCAUAAGGGCAGCAAGUGUGAGCCCAAAGGGAUGAAAGAAUACACUUGCAAGUGCCAACCCGGUUGGUCGGGCAAGUACUGCACGCAAGGUCCAACGUGCAAAAAGGUGCAGGUGCGAGAGUACUACACGGAGAACAACUGCCGGUCGAGGAAACCGCUGAAGAUGGCCAAGUGCGAGGGCGGCUGCGGGACGAGCUGCUGUCGGGCGCGCAAGACCAAGAAGCGGAAGGUCCGGUUGAUAUGCAACGACGGGACGCGAUACACCAAAGACAUCGAGAUCAUACGCAAGUGCGCGUGCGCCAAAAAAUGCUAUUGACUACCAGGCCCCUCCACAGCACCGACGCCGCCAACGCCACAGCCGACCACGCCGCGCACCGUCGUCGUCCUGCCCCACGUGUCCCGCGGGGUGGCCGCCGUCGACGCCAACCGCCGGCCGCGCCGCACCGGACACGGCCAACAGCAUCCGACGCACCGUCCGCAGCGUCGCUCGUGGACCGAAGACGCGUUCGCGUACCUGACCGCGUACGCCGCCGUCUCCGUCACCGUCGAACUGUUGAUCGUCGUCAUCUGGUCGGUCAGCGUUUGUAUAUAUCUUCUUCUGCCGUAACCAUACCCUGCACCUUAGUAUUAUCAUUAUUAUUAUUAUCAUCGUAAAACUAUUAUAAUAUUGUACCGUUGACCAUAUAAUAUAUUAUAAUAUAAUUAAACCUAUACACACUACGGGCUACAGCCGCCGCGUUGUCGCCAAACCCCGUCGUAACUCUCGUCAUCCUUUUAACCGUUUUUCAUUUUUUUUUCAUUUUUUUUAAUCACUAUCAUUAUUAUUAUCGUUUAAGUAACAAUUACCUACUAAUAUUAUUAUUUAACGUAUUUUAUAAAUUCGUAUAAACAUAAUAUCAUAUUAUUAUUUUUUAUUUUAUUUUAAUUUUUUUAUUUUUUUUUUUUACGUUAUUUAUUAACGAUGUAUUAUUAUUAUUAUUAUUAUUAUUAUAUACUUAAAAUGAACCGCCGUCUCUUUCGUUUCCGCAACGAGAAUAUCAUUAUUAUAAUAAUAUAUAUGACUUCAUAUAUUAAUAUUAUUUAUAUGAUAAUAGUAUUUAUUUUUUUCGGUACGACGAUCUCCGCAAAUAUUUGUGCAUUUGUGCACCGUAGUAGGUACGUAGCGUACUCUGUGCUUGCACUAGAUAACAGUCGGUUCUGUACCUAUAUUAAUAUUAUAAUUAUCUCGCUUUAUGUAAAGUGAAUGCCAUUCGACGUCAAAAGUCAAAACACACACACACACUCUCUUUCUCUCUCUCUCUUUAUUUUUGUGUACCCAUUACGCGAAACUCUCUAUAACCACGGUAUACAUCCACCCUGCAGCUGUGUCCAUAUUAUAUUUUAUGUUGUAUUAUAUAUUAUAUUAUUGUGUAGUCGAAAUUUAGUAGUGUUUAUAGUCGUUAAUAAUAAUAAUCGAGGAAUAAUAAUAUUAUUAUGUCUUAAGAAUCCUGUUUCUCAGUGUAAAUAUUUUUUUAUAGAACGUAUACGUAUGUAUUCAUAAUAUGUAUUCUCUGGUGCAUUGGUUAAAGCAAGAAGAAAUUUAUAUACAAUAAUAAUAUCAUAUAUAUAUAUAGCGCGUGUGAACGUUUCCGGAGCAGAAAAGCACAUUCUUUUUUUAUGUUAUGUGCGGAGGGGCCUUUUUCAAUGUUUUUCCAUUUUAUUUUUAUACAUCAUCUUUUUUGUAUAGUGUACAAGUGUAGAGUUCGUUAAAAAAUAUAUAUAAAUAUAUAUAUAUAUUAAAUUAAAAGUUUUAAAAUUAAAAAAAAAAAAAUUAUUUAUAUAAAUGGAAUGACCGUUAUUGUGUUUGAUCGCAUUUGGUUCUGUUUUGUGUAACAAUAUUGAUAUAAUACUUUUCCCUUUAUGUACGAAAAAUAUUAAUAUAUAAUAAUAUAUAUUAUACCUAUUAUAUAAAUAUUUUAUGUAAAUAUACUGGUGUUAAUUGUUUUUUUUUUUUUUUUUUGGUCAUAUCUGUAUCGAACAAUAUUAUAUAAGAAAAUGAAAUUGUGUUUACUGUUUAGUAUGUAUAACUGUAUUAGUAAAUAGAUAAUGCCUAUAAAAGUAUAAAAAUUCAUAUUCACGGCCCGCGUCGCGUAGUAAAUUUUCAACAUUACAUGAUGAAUAACAAAACAUGAACGCACAUAACUUAUUAAACGAUAACAUUACAACAUUUCGGAAAAAACCAAUACCUAAUUAUGAUGUUCAAAUUUGUUUUGAUUUUCAUUGGGUAAUAUUUUAUAUAUUUUCACUAAGUUUGUCACAGCCGCUGAGAAAAAAAAAUGAAUUUAAUUUAUCUACACUGCGUUUACCCGUCAUCUACAUUAUUCGGUUCCCAAUGACUCGAACGAACUAGACGUACUAUAUUACCAUCUAUUUAUUUAUCAUAAGACUUGAAUACUUUAUUUUUUUAUGUAAAACUUUUUAAGUUAAUUUUAUUUGGUACAAUAUUUUUUAUUUUGUGUUUUGAGUAAGUUAUAUUUUUAAAGCAGAGUGGUUUAUCGACGAUUUUCCGACUUACAAAAUGUAGCGUUAUGUGUAUAUAUAUAAAUUAGUCAAAAAUAUAUUAAUAUUAAUAUCAAUAAUUGUUUAAAACUGCACGUUAUUGAAAUCAAAAGUUAAAUAAUCCCACCAUUAUUAGCAUUAUUGGCCAUUUUUCACUUUCCAAAUCCUCGACAAAUUCCAAAAUAAUAUUAUCUCGGAAUCCAUGUUUUAUACAAAAAAAACUUUGACGAUUACUAUAACUACUACCUGUUACUAAUUCUACUAUUACUACUAUACAGUACUACCUACUACUACUACUACUUCUACUACUACCACCACUACUCCAUUACCACUACUAGCUACUACUAUAGUACUAUUUAUAAUAGUUGCUUUGUAGAGUAAUAUAGGUAAUAUAAUGCUACGUUAUAAAUUUAAGCUCCAAAUAAUAUAUAAACACUAUUGUAUUUUACAUUUAUUUUAUUGAUGUUUUUAAAUUAAUAUAAAAAUAAAACAUGUUUCAAAAAUCCAAGUGAAAAAAAAAAUAAAAAAUGUAUAUAAUAUACUUAUAA